AUGCCAUCAUCAUCCAUUUUAAACAUCGAGGAAAGUGUACUGUUUGAUGAUAGUAUUAAGGGUAUUGAAUACCACUCAUACACUCCUUAUCAUAAAUCAUAUAAAAACAACGAUGACAUUCGUAUACGCAUCAACGAUAUGGAUACCAUAGUGUUACCUUUUGAGAGCGUACUCAUAGUUGAAGGUACAACAGUACAAGUGAAUAAAGCACCUACUAUGAGUUCCUCAAAACUCCAAAUGCAAGAAUGGAUUACAAAUAAGGGAUUGGCUUAUUUACCAACAAUGUUGAAAGUAGAGCUUUAUCAAAUUAUAAAAGAGCACAAAGAAGCGGCGAUUUAUGAGGCUGACCAAUUAUUGAUAGCAAUAACGUCGGCCAUGAAGCUGGUAAUAUCGUGA